GACAAUUAAACAAUGAUGCAUCGUAUUAUGCAACCAGUUAUACGCCUCAACGGAAAUUUCAGAGCAACGUAUUUCAGAAGAGGCUUUUCAAUUGCAGAUGGCUGCUAAAACAACAAGGGAAGUAAAGAAUGAGAUUGAGGUUCCGUGCAGCAACGAGGAGAAGGUGCUGAACAAUUACAUGAUGCUCUGCAACGAGGAAGACAGAGUACGAUCGCUCUGCGCUCCGAUGAAGUUGAGACCUGCGAAGCAGCCGCACGAGAAGAGCAGCAGGUGGCGGCGUCUCGAGGAGCCCGCGACGUUCGUGCGAUUCGAGGAGCUGCUGCGGUCGCCGCCUGCUCUGCACAGCAGGAUCCGAACCGUCGGUCUCCUCGUCUUCGAGAACUCGAAAUUCUGGUUGCGCAGCAUGAUGCUCCAGCCGAAAAGUAUCCAUCAGCACCGUCGGCUUCUUCUCACCUUCCACAAGAUGUCCCGAUUGCCGGACCCGGCGACCGACGUCAACAUCUACGUCAUGGUUCUCGGGCAGCACUCGCGCUCCCUGUACUCACCGCAGGACGUGCCCUUUUACUGCGUGCACGUGUGGAACCAACUCGAAAACCAGAAGCAGAUCGACAUGUGCUUCCACCUGUACGACACCAUCAAAGCCUUGCACUCGUAAUCCCCCCCGACAAUCUAAACAAACAAACAAACAAAAAUACAAAAUUAAUAACAAUGUCAUUUUAAACAUUUGUA